AUGCGAUGCGCGAGCAAGGCCGCCGAGAGCGCGUCCGCACGUCUCUGUGCGGACGCCGAAGCAGAAACCACAGCAACUGAUGUCUCAUCGGUUGCUGAAGCGACUCAGCCUGUGUCACUUGGUGAUGCAGGCGCUGGUCAUGAAGACACUCAUGUCUUCACAGAGUAUGAGCUCGGAGUCUCAUACUCUCCUGAUACGGAAGACGGAUCCGUAUCGACGGCGAUCGAAUCCGAUCCAAGCGUGGCAUGGAUGAUGCUAUGUGUCGCAGCAUCUUUGGUUCAUCUGAUGAAUCAGAUGAACCAUCGCCGAAGCGAAGGCGCUCGAGGUGCCAGUCCUUCUGUCGGCACGUCGCAGGAAGAGCGGGACCGCAAUGUCUUGCGUCUCACUCCUGAGAAGAAGGCAUGGAUGCCUCCUAAAUCUGUCAUGGAUCACUUGUCGGCGACGACGAGUGAUCGUCAUAGAACACGAUUGUUCGAUUCGUCAAGGAUCUAUCACCUUGACCCCAGCGCGAAAAACUAUCGCGCUGAGAAUGAAUUCUUCAUCGAUGCUUUCUUUUGA